AUGUUUGUUCGUGCUGGGCAGUCGCUGUACAGCGCCGGACGCCGGGGGUUCUCACAGUCUGCCGCGCGCAGGAGUUACGAGGACACGAUUCAGAACUUGCUCAUUCACAAGGACACCAAGGUUCUCUGUCAAGGGUUCACUGGGAAGACUGGCACGUUCCACGUGAAAGAGGCGCUGGCGUAUGGGACGCGGAUGGUGGGCGGGGUGUCGCCGAAGAAGGCGGGGCAGACGCACCUCGGGCUGCCCGUCUUUGGCAGCGUCAAGGAGGCGGUGAGGGAGACGCAGCCGGACGCGACGGUGCUGUAUGUCCCGCCCCCGACGGCCGCGGACGCGAUCAUCGAGGCGAUAGAGAACGAGAUCGGGCUCAUUGUGUGCAUCACGGAGGGCAUCCCGCAGGCGGACGAGAUUCGGGUCAUGAAUGCACUCAAGAGCCAGUCGCGCUCGCGUCUCGUGGGGCCGAACUGUCCUGGGGUCAUCAACCCCCUCGGGUGUAAAAUGGGCAUCCAGCCAGGGCACAUCCACACGCCGGGCAAGAUCGGGAUCGUGUCGCGGUCGGGCACGCUUACGUACGAGGCGGUCGCGCAGACGACGGCGGUCGGGCUCGGGCAGUCGUUGUGCGUGGGGAUAGGCGGUGACCCGUUCCCCGGGACGCAGCACGUGGACGUCGUCAAAGUGUUCCUGGACGACCCGCGCACUGCCGGCAUCGUGCUCAUUGGCGAGAUCGGCGGGUCCAUGGAGGAGGAGGCCGCGGAAUAUUUGGAAAAGUACAACAAGACGCGGGCCAACCCUAAGCCGGUUGUCGGGUUCAUCGCCGGGCGGACGGCGCCUCCGGGCCGGCGCAUGGGCCACGCCGGCGCCAUCAUCGCCGGCGGAAAGGGCGCCGCGCAGGACAAAGUGGCUGCCCUCGAGAAGGCGGGCGUCGUCGUCACGGACAGCCCCGCGAAGAUCGGAGUGGAGAUGCUCCGCGCGAUGCAGGCCAUUGUUAUUUAUAUGUCUUCUUCUUCUUUCGACCAGGCGGCCAAGUACCUCGCGCAGUCGCCUGCCCUCGCCAAGGUGGCGUCGACGACGAAACUGGAGCUGUAUGGGCUGUUCAAGUACGUCAAAGAGGGCCCACGGCCGACCUCGGCGCGGCCAUCGCUGUUCGACAUGACGGGCAGGGCAAAGUGGGACGCGUGGGCAAACACGGGCGGGGCGGUCACGAGCCGGGCAGAGGCGGAGGCGCGGUAUAUAGCGAUCGCGGAGGGUCUGGGCUGGAAGGGACCUUUUGGUGAAGACGACAACUGGGACAACGAAGACAAGGGAGGCGGGGGCAGCGCGAUGGGCACGGCGGUGAGCGCGAUGGCGCGUCCUGAGGCUGUGCAGGACAACAGUCUGCAUGGGCUGGCGGUGGCGAAUCGGGCGGACGAGCUUGCGCUGCUGGAUGGGUCAGGCGUCGACUGGGACGCGCGCGAUGAAUUCGGCUACACAGCGCUGCACCUCGCGGCGGACCGGGGACACACGCUGGUGGUCCAGCUGCUGCUGCAGCGCGGCGCGGACCGCAGUAUCCAGGACGAGGACGGGCUGACGGCGGCAGAGCUCGCAGAGGCGGCGGGGCACGACGGAAUUGUACGCAUGUUGGCUUCGUAG